UUUUCAUUUCCGGGAGCCGUGUGCGUGCCCUGCCCAACCAAACGAACGCCCAGCGCCUCCGUCACACUUUUGCUCCCUCUCCUAGCCCAAGCAAAUGACCGUGCGUUCGACUCGACUCAGCUCGUUGGGUGCCAGUGCCACCGUCCUCCCUGUGGCUGUGUGUACUUGUAGUGGAGCUAUAGCAAUCUAGCGUGGCUAUACUCCUGGCGAUGGUAGUGCUAGGUAGGUACUGGUAUUGGUAUGGGCGGGCGGUACGAUCAAGUGCAGUGUACGAGCGAGCUUGCCUCCUCUUUCCUCGGUCGAUCUCCUGCUGCUGCAAACAUCCCAUCCCAUCCACCAAUCUCAUUCCCAUCGCACGUCUCCUCCCCAGAAAGAUAUGGCCCUCAGCUCCUCUUUGCGCAAAGAUUGAUUAACGGAGCGCCUGGCCCGGCCGGCCGCGCGCGCGGGAGCGGAGCUCCAGUAUAAAGAUGGCGCACGAUCCCAGCCUAGUAGGGUACGCCGACUACUUCGCGGCGACGGGGAGCAACGGGGGCGGCGUCACGCUCGUGCCGGAGGUGGACGCCCGUGCGGAGCAUCAGAUGUAUGGCGGCGGAUUGCACCAUCAUCACUCCGGGGUGGACAUGUUCGGGGCCAGGGGCUUCGGCAUGGCGCCGGCCGGCGAGGCGACGUCCGCGCAGAGCAAGGCCGCGCUUGACGUCGACGUCGACGGCUCGUCUACCAUCAGCUUCUUUCGCGGCGAGCAGCAUCACCACCACCACCAGCAGCUGCAGAUGGGCCAGGCUCCCUUGUCGCUGUCGCUCCACGGGCAGCCGGACGCCGGGUCGUCGUCGUUCAUGCUGCACCACCAGCUCGGCGGCGGCGAGCCCCGGCUGCAGCAGCACCAGCAGACGGCGCCGGCGGCAUGGCAGGUGCAAGGCGCCGGCAGCGGCUGGCAGCUGCGCGGGUCCCGGUUCCUGCUGCCGACGCAGCAGCUCCUGCAGGAGUUCUGCAGCAUCCCCGCGGACACCGACAGCAAGGCGCCCAAGAAGCCGGCGCAAGAAGAGCACGGCUCGUCGUCCUCCGCCUCCUGGCCGCCGUCGUCGACGCAGAUCCAGAGCAUGGACGCCGCCGAGCUGCAGAGGCUCAAGGCCAAGCUGUACACCAUGAUCGAAGAGGUGGACAGGAGGUACAGGAGGUACCGGGAGCAGAUGCGGGCGGUGGCGGCGUCCUUCGAGGCGGUGGCGGGGCAGCGCGCGGCGGCGGUGUACACGAGGAUGGCGUCGCGGACCAUCUCCAGGCACUUCCGGAGCGUGAGGGACGGGGUGGCCGCGCAGGUCCGGGCGGUGCGCGGGGCGCUGGGGGAGAAGGACGCGGGGGCCGCCGUGCCCGGAAUGACCAAGGGGGAGACGCCGCGGCUGCGGGCGCUGGACCAGUGCCUCAGGCAGCACAAGGCGUACCAGUCCGGCAUGCUCGAGAGCCACCCGUGGCGGCCGCAGCGCGGCCUGCCGGAGCGCGCCGUCUCCGUCCUCCGAGCCUGGCUCUUCGAGCACUUCCUGCACCCGUACCCGAGCGACGUGGAUAAGCACAUCCUGGCGCGGCAGACGGGCCUAUCGCGGAGCCAAGUCUCCAAUUGGUUCAUCAACGCGAGGGUGCGGCUGUGGAAGCCGAUGGUGGAGGAGAUGUACGCGGAGGAGAUGAAGGACAAGGAGGAGGGCAGCGGCGGCGACGGUGGCGGCCAGUCGGCGCAGCAGGCCGGAGACCUGGCGAACCCUAACCCGGCGGCGGGGAGCUACGCCUCCGAGGGACGCGGCGAGCAGAAGCCGACCCGGGCGCAGCUGCACCAGCUGCACGACGCCGGCUCGCUGGCCUCCGUCGUGAGCAUCGGCCAGAGCACCGACCCGCAGGGCCUCAACUUCGGCAUGAUGGACCAUCUCGACUUCGACGCCUACGAGGCGGCCACGGCCGGGUUCGGCAACGGCGUGUCGCUGACGCUGGGACUUCAGCACCAGCAGCAGCAGCAGCACCACCACGGAGGCGUGAACGUUGCCGCGUUCGCCGACGCAUCCCCGUCGUCGUCGUCUGCGGCGCAUGGCGGCGCCGCCGAGUUCCUGUUCAUGGCUGGUGAGGGCGCGCACCCGUCUGCUAACGGACAGUUCGGGGCGGGCAUGGGGUCAGGCGCCGACGUCGCGUCGCAGUACCACCGGGGGCUGGGCGGGUUCCACCUCCUGCGCGACCUCGCCGGGUGACCCGUCGGCUAAUCUGGACGGCAUCACGCAACAGUACCACAAUGAUCACGUACGUAUGUCCAGGGAUCAUCAUGUCAUGCGCCGGAGGUCCAUCGGGGACGGACGCGACGACGUCUGAUAUGGUGAUGGGGAUCGAAUUGAGGAUUUGGGGAAUGUGUAAACGGCGGCCGGGCUGGGGCUGGCAUGCAUGGUUGGUAGCUCGCGUACGUACGUCUUGCUUAGCCGGUGGGCGGCUUUGGAUUUUUGUAGCGCGUAGAUACCUCUAUUUAAUUCUUGGCGGGAUGUCGCCGUCUAUGUAUGCUGUGUUCCACUCCACGGCGGCCGCGCGCGCGUCGCUGUUACCGCGGAGGCGCGGGCGUCGAUCGCCGGGCUCCGCUGUGUGAUCGAGCGGCCCAACGGCCGGCCAGAGAUGCUCUUACUGGCGACAGGUCCGGAACUCAGCAGGAUGGGGUACACGGUACGUAUCAGACUACGUACGUACCAAUGGCAACGCACCGCUAGUUAGCUACGUCUGCCUACCGUUGUUCCUAACGUAAGCGUUCGAAUAUUUCGUUUGUUGGGAUGUCAUUUUCGUAUCUUGGUCUUGGCGUUGGGUUUCCAUCGGGAGAUGAAAGCAAGUGCUACUUGCAACGGCGAGCGGGCUCUUCGCACAUGAGGCAAGAGGAAUUCCCUUUCUUAAGCGGAAGAGAACUAUGCCAGCAGAUUGAUAUUUCUCCUCGUGAAAAAAGAAACCAAAGAUGUUUAUUCAUGAAAAAUCAAACAUGUCAAAAUCAAAGAUGAAUU